AUGCAAAAAAAUGUUAUCUUAGAUUACUUAUAGAAUGGCUCUUCUUAUUAUCCUUUUGGGGAAUAGCCUUAAUCAAAUGAAGUGCUUCUUGAUCAUUUCAUUCCAUUUCAAAAAGAAAGAGAUAAAAUUGGAAAAUUGAUUAAACCAAAUGAUCCUAAUUGUAUUAAAAAUAAAAAGAACAAUAAAUAAAAUUACACUGAUCAUUCUUAUUCUAAUAGUGAUAUACUUAAUUUUAAUAAACUAAACACUGAAUCAGAUUAUUCAAAAUUCAUAACUCAAUCAUAAACAAUACCACAUUUACCAUUAAUUUAUUAACCUUAACUUCCAACAUAGGUUUUAGCAAUUAAACAAUCAAAAUAUAAAUUGAACCAAAAUUCUAUUGAAAUAGGUUAAUAACUAAAAAAAUUGAACAAAAACUCUUUACAAUCAAAGGCCUCACUCUUAAGCAGAAAAACCAAGUCUUUAGCUUUUUAAAUACCAGCUCUUGGUAUUUAUAAUCCAAAUCCUUCUCCUAAACACUUACCUAAUAUAUUAAUUAAAUCAAAAUCCAACCACAAAAUAGAAGAAAUUGCUCCUAAAAUUUAAAUUUCGGUGAGCCCUUCAUAAAAAUUCAAAAAGAAUGAUUUUGAAAUGAUGUUUGCAAAAUAAAUGGCUUAAAUUAAACGAGAAGUAGAUAAUGAAAUGAAAAGAAACCCUAAUCAAAUAUUUAGGGUUGAUAAAUUUGAUAUUAAAGAAAACUUGGAUCUCGAAGAAGCUGAUUAACUCAAAUGUCGUAUGAAAGGAUAUUUUUAAAGCGUUAAAGAGAGUUUUAUUAAAAUCAAAAAUUUGAUGAAUGUUAAAAAAUGA